AGACGUAACAUCUUAUGCGCGCGAAGGUACCGGUAAGUCGAGCUAAGUCUUAGCUGCUGUGCGCAUUUUUAUAAUCUACAUUCAAUCCCCAUCUGCGAAACGAUUCACAUGUAGACGAACAAACAAACAAACAAGUGAACGAUGUCUUCGAAACUCACCAUUCUGACAUUCGCCGCCAUUAUUUCUAUUGGCUAUGGUGUGGAGCGGAGCAAUUACGAUAUAAGCCGAAACAGGAUAAAUGGCGCUCGUAACGGUUUCACUAUAAGAGACAUAUGGGACUAUUUAUUAGGAGGCGGCUACUCGCAGUAUCCGUACGGUCAACAUCCAGGCCAGUAUCCCAGUGGACCAGGUGUAUAUCCUGGAGGACAAUAUGGGGGACAAUAUGGCGGGCAGUAUGGGAACUAUCAUCCCGGUUUAGAAGGUCCGCCUGGUGCUCAUCCCGGCUGCCCGCUUUGUGACAUGUCCGUAUACAGCUAUUGCUCUCGUAAGCAAGCACACGAUUCCUGUUGCUGUGAACAGUCUGGAUAUCAACCAUACUCGUGCCGAAGGACUGAUUGUAAAUUCUUGUACGCGAAUUCCUGUGAAGAAUACCACCUGAUAACAAACUGUUGUUGUGUUGAUUUACAAAAGAGCGCUAUAGCCCCAUCUAUAGUAGCUGCUCCUGUUGUCGCUUAAGCAACCGACAAUUGAUUUAAAGUCAAAUUAGGAUAAUGACAUAAUCAUCGAUAUAAUUAAAAUUAUUUUUAAGUAACAGUUACGUAAUUGAUAGGGAAACAAAGUCUAAAAUUCCCUAUCAAAAUAAUUUUAGCAUAUUGCUUUAUCA